AUGCUGGCAAAACCACCUAGAACAUCAAUGGCAACUCAGGUUUCAGAAAAAGAUAACACUCAAAUUGAUCUUGAAAUUCAGACUUUGCAUGCGCAACUGAACAAUUGGAUCACAAAUUUAGAAGAAAAGAUCUCUGCUGCCAGGUCCUUCAAGGCAGAUAUUGAAGCUUUAGUACUGAGUGAAGCAAGGAAAUCUCAUGAUUCUUGUAUCGCAACAAAUCAUCUUGAUAAGGCAAGGCAAUUGCUGAUAGGGAUACAAAAGAUUGAUGAAUUCAAGAAAGAAGAAGUUACUGAGAAUAAAGGACUCACAAAGAUUGAUGCAAUGGUGGCUCCUUCCGAUCUUACAGGAAACCAUAUGUCGAUGGUUCAGAAAGAUCGCAAGCAAAUUCAGAUUCUAGCUACAGAACUGGAUCAGUACAUUGCAAAGGUCGAUCAGAAGGUGUGUGUAUUAGAGAAUGAUUUCUACCUGAGGGAAGAAAUCAAAGCACUGAAUAUAGAUAUAGUAAAAGCCAAGUCUUUUAAACUUUUUCUUCAAUCUAGUGAUAGAAGGAACGAUCUUGAAGUAAGAUCAAGGAUUGCUUAUGUGAAUCAAUGGCUGAAUCAGAAGACGAAGAGUGCUAAAAGUAGAUACUCGGAGUCAGAGUUAAACAAAUACUCUGUGCUUGUUGUCGAUGAUAGCAGUGAUGAUAGAGAAACCCUUCGCAGACUCUUCAUGUCUAUUGAUGCGGAAAUUAUGUCUCCAAUGGAUGUUCAAGUUGCAAAAAAUGGAAAAGAAGCUGUUUAUCUUCAUCUUGCUGGGGCUUCCUUUGAUAUGAUUUUGAUAAACGAUUUAAUGCCCAUCAUGGAUGGAAUUGAGGCAACCAAGCAGUUAAUCGAGAUGGGCGUUAGCAGCUACAUUGUUGGCGUCUACGAUAAAACCGUGCAACAAGCUUUUAUUGAUGCAGGCGUAGACACCUACAUUGAAAAGCCUCUGACUCCUGGAAAGAUCAAUGCCCUAUUCCCCGCACUCAUGGAUUGA